CUGGCGGGCUUCAUCUAUGCCUGUUAUGUUGUGAAAUGUAUUACUGAAGAAGAGGACAGCUUUGAUUUCAUAGGUGGAUUUGACUCUUACGGCUAUCAAGGUCCACAGAAGACAUCUCAUUUACAGCUACAGCCCAUGUAUAUGUAA